CCAGAUAUCGCAUAUAAAUUCACCGUAUUACUUUCAUAAGACGAGUAUAGUGUCAUUCACCAAACCAUUUCUCUCAGUGUGUGUGGUGAUGCGGUUUUUUUUUUAGCAAAGUUAAACGAACUUGUCAAAAAGUCCCGAGAGCUCUCAACAUUUUUAUGGCGCCUUUAAUCUUUCAAUUUCUUCGACUCACCCGCGUACAAUAGCGCAGAAAACGAGGAAGAGAAUGAGGAAGAGAGAGAGAGAGAGAGAGAGAGAAAUAGAGAGAGAAAGAGAGAGAGACAGACAGACAGAGAAGAUGGAACGUUGAAUGGCGCACGGCGCUUUUUACUCCGUGCCAGCCGCGUUAAUAUGUUAAUUCAAUUUAUCUCGCGGCAUGCAACGCGCCCCAUUCGUCUCUGUCCAUCGCUCGCUGUUUACAUCCGUGUUCAUUUUCCUCGCGCCGUGCCUCCUCGUUCUUCCGCCGCGUUAUUUUUCCCGCUCGCGGAAUUACACCCUCGCGCAUACACAUAUACUGUACGGCUGUCACGCUCUUCCGACGUCGCGACUUCGCUCGGCCUCCGAACGAUAAUUAUUAUCCUUUAGAUCCUUGGGGCCGUCCGAAGGUUGACGGCUGGCGUUUAAAAUUCCCUCUCACGGAAACGACCACGGCACGGUGGUGUGCACGGAAGAUAAAUAAACUCGGUUCGUGUAACUGAAUUUCUGACCCCUGGGGCAUCAGACGACAGUUCAGCCGCGGAAACGGGAGCAUUCCUGCAGGAGGUUUCCGUUAAUUGUCAGCCAAUUGUUCUCGGACGGUAUAACAACUGAAUUUUAAUACAGCCAGAUGUUCAGACGAACAGAACGGAAGAAGGGAGGCUACUUCUACUAUUUUGGCCUGGUUCCUCCGAGUUGAAAUUUCGAUUCUAUUUCGACUAUUUAAUAACUUCAUUUAACUUCUAUUUGGAUACUCUGAAGCCUUAUACAUCAAUCUCCUAUGAUUCUAUUCAACCCUAUAACUUUUCAGGGAAGUCCUCUUUUAAAAACCACAAAUGGCAUUUUUGCAUCUUCUGCCAUUCACAGGCGCUAAGUAGGACUUUAGUCUCCAUGUGUAUUAUUCAGAAUAUACAGAUGUUAGGAAGUUCAGAUAAAAAUGUUAAAAUUUCGCGGCCCAGGGAACAGGAAUUCAGAUACACAAAGUGAGUUUUUCUUUCUCGUGUGGCACACGGACAAUUCGUAUCGUGAAAUUCGUAUUUUCCACGGAAAACAGACCGUCGUGAAAAGUAACAAUAUUAGCAUGACGCUUCGUUGAGAUACAAGAUUUUACUUCCGGAAAAGAGAGAGAGAGGAUAGGCCGAAGAAGGGGUAAUUCCUCGCGUUAUCCUCGUGAGUCAUAAUUCAUGACAAAUCCGCGGAUAUUAAAGCAAGGAAGUUUGAGAUCGCGCGCCUUCCUGCAGUUUCUUAAGGAUCUCUCCUUGAGCCAUCGUAAUCCCCGGGUUAUUAACGUAAGCUGAGAUUCGAAAUUACUCUGUCGCCUUCGAAGUUCAGCUAAACGACACGCGUCACCUCUCGCUGCGUCUGGGAAUCAGUUACGAAGUCAGCUGCGAGAUCGUAAAAGUGAGAGUGCAAAAAACACCUGAUUGAAACAGUAUUUUUCGCAACACUAACAAUAGUUUUGAAGAUUUAUAUAAAAGGGGAAGGCACUCGAUAAGAAAUUAUGUAAUAGCGAUAUAAGAUCGGUUCCACGUGGUGAUUGACUACUCUACACAAAAAGGAAAUAUAUCAUACUUUCUUUCAUAUUAUCACACCUGAUGUCAGCCUCGUAUUUCCUGCUAUAUUUAAUAGUACAAAAAGUAGAAAAAAGAGGAGAAGAAGACGGUAAAAGCCGAUGCGAGUCGUGAAGAAAUCAAUCUCGCGCGAAACUCCGCGUCUUUUUGCGGAUUCACGUCCGACUCCACGCACAAUACAACCGACAUCGCGAUUCGCAGUGACGGCAGUGUGUGUCUUCCUUAAAAUCGCGGCGAAAAACGAUAUUGCGCUCCAUCGUGGUAACAGUGCGAUUAAUUCUGCGCGUGUGAGUGUGUGUGUGUAUGUGAUAGCAGUGAUAGCGCGAGAUUCUCUUUCAAGUGCUGGCACAAGAGAGAGGUUCCUCGCGAUUACCUUCGGGAUCCGUGACGUCGCCGGCGUUUCCCCUCAUACGGAUCGUACCACGGACGGGAAGGAUGCGAUUAGCGCGAAGAGGAUUCGCCGUUGCGGCGUUGUGAAAUUCGCGCCGACCUGGCCGCGCCGCAAUUCGCGUAAUGCGCUUCUUGCGCGGCAUCGGGAGCGAGCGGGAUUAAAGGAAGGGAGGCGCGCGUUUUCGCGAGAAAUCAGCCGACGACUACUCGUCGAACGAACGGCCGAUCGAUCGAUCGACCGGUGUCACGAGGGAAACGCAAUUGGUGUACCGCGAAGUGAAGCCGUAAAUUGCGGUGUUCGAGGAGCGCACGAUAACGGCACUCGGCUCUCCGGGAGAGAGAGAUGUAGCAGCUUCGCAAAAAACCACAGCGGAAACGUACAAUAACGUUCGCUCGCUCGCUCGCCCUAAUUGGAGACGACGCCGCUCGCGAGCGAGCCCCGAGGAAGUCGCAGAAUUUAAUCGUCACUUUUCCCACGUUCUCGAUAGGAUGUCAUCGCGAGCACCGCGCGGCGCGACGGAAAAUGUGCGAUGAGAUCAUCCUAAGGGGCCAAGCCGGCGGCAUUCCCUACGCUGACGAGGAUGCGACCGGCGCGGACGUUACUGCUCGUCCGAUCGCUUCAUGGCUCACGUCGAAAGGUUUAAUGAACGCCGAAGAAGACUCGUGCUCGCGAAACGUGCAGAGCUUCACGACCUUCCGCGCUUCCGGUCCGUCGGGCAUCGCAAGGAGGGAAUUACCGACGCCCGACGACGGCGGCGGCGCGAUGUCAAAUCGACGGGAGUCGCCUAUGCAGCGCCACGCGCGACAAUCGUCCGUCCUGCCGAAGAGGGAUCGGCACGAGGGAGCAACGAUUGAGGUUGAGAGCACGUUGCAGCGUUACGAGAAUGCGGUACUGAAGUACCAAAAGCCGAAGCUGCGACCCAAACGACAGAUCAGUCGAGAGCACCAACAGCAGCAGCAGCAGCAACAACGGCAGCAGCAAAGCAACAACUACUCGAGCAGCGAUGAGAGCGUCGCGAGGAACAAAUCGAAGAGCACUAGUUCGAUCGACACCCAGUCAGUGAACAACAUCUUGGACGAGUAUGAGGACCUGGAUUACCGUCGCUCGUCGGAUCUCAGUGACGUCGGCAGUAUCAACGUAACAAACUUCGAGGCGGUGAUGAUGGACCAACAAAAGCGACAGCAACAGCAACAAGGAAAAUCAAAGUCUUCCGGCACAAAACUCCAAACCAAGUCUAUCCCGACGAGGGAGAAAAUUCAAUCUGUUCUGAAGGUAAACCAACAGACUCAGGUGAGGCAACGCUCACGGGAUCGGCAGAAGGAUCCGGGCAAAGGACACCAGCACGUCGCGACCGAGACGAUGACGGCCCCGGACGCGGUCGAGAGCAGUCGCACGAAGAUGCCGGAAAUUCUGCUGCGCAAGGGCGAAGUUCAAAAGCGAGUGGACGAGUGGCUAAAUCAGGCGCACAGCCAGAACUUCCCGGUGACUCGCGAGAAGGCUCUGACGCGAUCCAACAGCAGUGCCGAGCAAAAGAGCCAACGCAGGUACCGACAAGACUCAAGGUCCAGGUCGAUCGACGAGGCACGGGAGCGGCUAAACGGCGCCUCGUCCAGCUACGAUGACCUGAGCCGUAUGGAUCGCAAGGCGGACAAAGGAAGGUUGGACAAAGUAAACGUCGGCGUGAACACGAGCCGGGCUGUCUACAAGGAGUACUUAGCCGUGAAGAACAGGGCCAGACACGAUUACGGCUUCGGCGCGUCGAAUGCGUCGUCCUCACGAUCCGGGGAUUCCAGCCCAGCUUCGAGGAUCCCGCAGAGGGGAGCCCUCGGCUCGAGUUUCAGGUCCAGACGCGUCGACGCGGCCUCCGAGGAAACGCUCGACGAGCGAAACGGCCGACCGACGACCAGCAGAAUGACGAAUUUGGCGAAGACGAGAAGCGAGUCGGAUUACGGCCGCCUUGCGACCGUUAAUAGCUCGAGGGUGUCUGAGGCGCCUGCCGUCGCGACGAUCACGACGAUCACGGCGACGACGGUGGCGGCGGCAACAAUGGCCACGACUACGUCUGCGUCUAUGACUACGACUACGGCGACAGCGUCGAUUAUUCCCUGCAGGAGGCCGUCGAUGAAACGCACCGGGAACGGCGAUCAGAACGCGGCGGCGCGCUCGCUCGUUAAGGAGGAGACGGAGUCGCAUCCACGCGGGGCAUGCGGCGCGGGCCCCUCGAAGGGCCUUGGUGACCAAGGCGAGUCGAUCUCACCAAAUAAGGACGGAGAAAGUAGGCGGCCGGUCGCGGCGAGCGGGCCGCCGCGGCCCGCCGAUAAAGCGGUCGAGGCGGCCCGCUGUAAAUCCACGGAAGCGCCGAGGUGCGCCGAGCAUCCUCGAGACGGCUCGAGGAUCGCCUCGCCGACGGAGGAAACCGGCAUCGCGAUCGAGUGCUCGCGACGCCGACCUCAGACAGCCGACGUCCGCAGGGAGGCGAGAAUCGAUCAGUCGCGGCAAGAAAACGCGAUCUACGGCGCGGUUGGUGCUCGAGUACGAGCUCUUCAGGCGCAGGCGGAGUCGCGCACGCCGCGAUCCAGGUGUCAGCAGGUCAGCGGGGCGACGAUAGAGAGCAAGAGGCUGCCGGUCCUGCCGCGCAAGGACCACGGCGCGUCCCCGUCGAGGGACAUCGCGACACCGAGCCGGGCAAAGGUGCCGGCGCCUUCGUCGAGCUUCAAGCCAAACAAUCGAGUCUACACUUCGGCGAGCCUGCAGCAGCUGAACGAACGGAACGUCGCGAGGUCCAAGGUCGCGACCUGCGAGCCGAGCCCGCUCGGCAGGACACGCGGCUACUCGAACCCGUCGGAGCACGUGGAGAGGAUCUAUGAGCGCACUCUACAGCCGCAAGUGAUACACGCGGACGACCUCGAGUCGGUGCUACGGCCGGCGCUGCAGAUGUCGGCUUACGGCAAGAAAGCCGCUGCCAGGGAGGGCCGGCAGUCGCCCGUGAAGGAAACGCUCUCGGGCAAACUCGAGAGCGAGUUGCUCGAGAGAGCCGGCGAGUCGCGGCAUCCGGAGCAUCUCGAGACUAUCGAGGAGGAUGAUCGGAAGAGCGAAAGUUCGAGCUGCAGGUACCCCGAGAUCGGGCUCAAACAGUGUUUGAAGGUGCAGCAGAGUCUGGCGAAUGGUAGAUCGAAGGAAACGCCGGACAAGAGGAAAGACACCGCGAUCUACGCCAGGUGGGACCGGCAGGUCGUUCUCAACGAGCCGGUCAGGAUCUUUACUACCUUCCAAUCGACACCGCUGAAUCAGGGUAGUGCGAAGUCGAGCGUUUCGUCUCGAUCUUCGGAGAUCAAGGAAUCAAAAGGCCAUGAGGAGCUCGGGCAAAAGUUGGAAGAACCGACAAUGAUCCCCGAGGAGCACCUCGGACUCGAUUACGAGGACGCGUCGCGCCAGGAGCAGGACCGACUGACAAUACAUUCGCGCGAAAAUAGCAAUCUGUCGACCGCCACGAUUCCCGUGGAUGAGUUGGAGAGCCAGCGGGGUUCAAAGCUCAAGACUGACGAGGAUCCUCCUUCAAGCGGAUUUCAGGCCGAAGAGAAGCCUCAGGGCCGCACGACCGAGGAACCCGCGAAGGACGUGGACCGCGGCGCGGUAGUUAGCGAGGUUCUUGUUAAGAAUCUGCAAUUCGAACAAGAUCUGCCGACGGAUCAAGCCGAGCAGCCGCGAGCGGAUCACGCGGUACAGCAAGUGAAUUUUCGCAAUGUGUUGUGCGACGAUUAUGAAAAUGACGGCGGGCGAAAGGAUAGACAGGUGCACUUGACGAAAGAGCAGACGGAUCACCAGAGAUUGAUAGCUAUGCUGAAGAAAGGAGACUUCGAGACGCUGAGAAUGGAGCUGGAGAGGAGUUACACCCUCUCAACCCCCGGGGGCAGCAGCCCCGUUUGUUGUCCGCCUUGCAGCCCGCCGCCCGCGCCGGCCGCAUACAUAUCGAGCGCGCGCGCCUCCUCGCGUAGACUUGGCGCCGGAAGUGGUCCCGGAGGGCCCACAUCCCCGGAAAGGGACCCCCUGGGAAGACUGUUGAGAUUCCUGAAGACCUUCUACAGGGAACUGGGCACCCGCGACCCACCCCACCUACCGCCAUGGGCGUCCCCGCUCCCGCUCGGCACCCUCUGCCCGGCGCACUUUCAACCGCACCUGCAGCUGGUGCACAAGAGCGAGCAGGAGCACCGCCUUGAGAACAUCAAGCCCGACCAGAUCUUCGCCCCCGUCAGGUUGAGCGAUGGCACCGUGUCGGAAGCGCCCCGACGUGUCGCCAUCGAGGGUGGCCCCGGGAGCGGCCGCACCACCCUCUGUCUGCGACUACUGCACCAGUGGGCGACCCAGAGCGACGGUCCCGCUUUGGCCUUCAUCGUUCCUCUACGCGAGCUUCGCGGCAGCCCUGUGCUCAACUACCUAGCGCGAGAACUGUUUCCAAGAACGGCUGCGUUGGGCGAUGCUGUUUCACAUGUGUGGCGCACCCUACACCUCAUGGAAAACCGCGUACUCUUUGUCUUAGACGGCUAUGACGAGUGCGUGGGCGGCAGGGCAUCUCUCGGCGACGCGGCCGACCUCUUAGAAGGCCGAUUGUUGCCGGAUGCCAGGAUCCUGGUCACUUGCUCGCCUAACAACUCCACCGCGCUUUCGCCGUUGGUGCAGCGCAGGAUUCACCUGGCCGGCCUCGAGUGGCAGCACGUGGAGCGGCUCUGCGUGGCCUACUUUAUUCACAACGACAUCGCCGAGAAGGCCUGCGAGUUCCUUGAGGAGCUGAACGUGCAGCCGCAGUCCAUCAGGCAGCUCGGUCAGCAUCCGCUCGGCUGGAUCAUGCUCUGCUGCUUGUACCAAGACUCCGGUAGCCUGCCGACCGAGACAAGCGCCCUCGUACAAGCCGCGGUGAAGUGCAUCGUUAAGAGGAGCCUAGACCCGCCGAUUCCGUAUAACGAGGAGAUUCCGGGCCACUGCAGGAAGCGUCUCGAGGACUUCGGCAAGGUGGCCCUGGCUGCGCUCAGGGAGGGCAGGUGCUGUUACACCGAGGCAGAGCUGAGGGCGCGCGGUGGCGGUAUCGAGGUCACCCGACUCGGUUUCCUGAUGCGGGGUUUGACCUUUGGCCAGAGACGCAAGGCGGACCUCUACACGCCAAUUCACAUGGCGGUGGCCGAGUUCUUGGCGGCGUACUACCUCACUUCAGUCGCGCAGUACGCCAAUAUCCUUCGCCGCGAGUUAGAGGGCCUGCCGUCCGGCAUCAUUGGCCACUUGGCCGGCCUGUUGGGCCCCAAGACCCAUUUGAUACUGAACCAACUGUGCCCGCUGGAAGUACCACCCAGAGCUGUGUUCUCGUUGCUGAAGGCCGCCGGCGCGUCCGACGGCAACAUUUCCGCGGUUUGCCGGCUAGUCGGCGCUGGACCCGGUUUCGGGCCCGCGCCAAGCGAGAGACCGCCGGCACCGUUGGUGCACACGUCACCCCUCGAGCUGGAGGGCUGGGCGAGGAUCUUAGAGAGCGCCGCUUGCACGCUGGAGGCGCUCGAGGUAGUGUUCCAGGUGGAGAGAGGAUCCGAUCUAUGUUAUCUCGACGACUUCUUCGACGCGCUCGCCGGUAACGAGAGCGUCAAACUCGUCAGGAUCACGUCUCUCUUGGGACAAGAGUUCCCGGCGGACGAGGCGCAGCGAUUGGCUGGCCACCUAAAGAGCGUGCUCGGCAAGAAGAAGCUCAACGACUUCGAGCUUGUCAUCACUUGUCUGGAGGAGGCGGCCCAUGACAGAUUGGAAUGCGUGGUGAAUGCCCUUUGUCGCGGCCUAGCUCACGCCUCUGGCAGCCUGUCGCGUCUGGUGCUCGACAUGAAUCUGUCCGGCGAGCAAGUGUCCCGAGUCUGCGAGGCACUUCGCGGCUGCAUUCAAGUGCAGGCACUGCACUUGCCCCAUUUAGGCUGUGGGUGCGAGGGCCUUGCCUCAGUGGCCGAGUUGCUGAAAGAGCGGCCGCUGUUGGCUCUCAACCUGGCUGGCAGUUGGGGCGCCAAGAACGAGGAUCCGUCCAGCUCUGGCAUCAGUAUGGGCUCAGGUUCCGGCUCGGGCAGCAGCGGCUGCGCUUCCAGCACCCUUGGCACCUUACCGCUGAACCGCUGCUACUCGUCCUUGCCGAGGGGCGCCCUGGCCGCUUAUGGCAGUCUCACGCGACCUGCCACCUUGCCGCGUCUUCCUCUGGGACUCGGCUUGGGCCCAGCCCCUGGCACUGGCAAUGGGCCGCUGCCGCAAAACGAGCGAGACCGCGACAGCAACAGCAGCAGCAAGAGGAACAGCGACAGCGUGCUGUGCCACCGACUACCCCUGCUGCAUCCCUUGCCGACUUGUGACGUCGCCAGUCACCAGGGCACCGGCUUUCAUGAGAUAUUCAACGCCAUUAGAGAGCCAAACUGCAAGCUGAGGUCUCUGAACGUGUCCAAGUGUCUUCUGGGCGGCUUGGACGCCGGCUGCUUAGGCGAGACCAUCAGAAGAGCUCGCAAUUUGGACGCACUGAGGGCUGCCGGGGCGUCGAGACCGGCCGACGUGAUGCCUCUCGUGCUGGCUUUGACGGAGGCACCGUGUCUCCAGCUGCUGGACUUGUCUAGUCCUCGACUGGCCCUGGACGAUCACCUCUCGAGGCUACUGUGCCACGCACUUGCCAGGAACACGACCCUCAAGCUGCUCAGUCUAGAGGGAUGGACCUUCCGGAUAGAGGAGUCUGACAGUUUGAUGGUGUUCUCGGAGCUGUUGAGAUACACGAGCGUACGUGAACUGAGUCUGUGUAACGCGCGCUUGCAUCUGGCAGUGCAUGAGGGUCCUCUGUCGAGAUUAGGACGGCGCGACGACGCCGGCGCCGAGCUUCUCCGAGCCGCACCGCCUGCGGCCUGCCCGGCGAUCGUCUUCCUGAGACUAGCCGGAUUUCAGGUGACAGUGAAUGAUCGCCUGGCACUGCGCGGACCACUGCUACUGCCGUUCUUGGCCGGCUUCACAUCGCUGAGCGAGCUCGACCUGUCACUGGACAAGUCGACGAUCGGUGGCAGCAGCGGCUCCCUCCUCUUCAUCGACGACAAGAUCCUGCAGCACUUCUUCUGCUGCCUGGCGGCGCACUUCCGUAGCCUGCAGUCGCUCAGGAUCAACUUCUGGCGAGUGACUUUGGAGGACAGCGACAGGACGAUGCGGCAGAUUUCCAAGUACCUGAAGCUCUGCGGCCUGAGCUUCCUGCGGGCGAACGGCCUGAUCGUCACUGAUAGCGCCAAGAGGGUUCAAAUGGAGCACGUGUUCGUGCAGACGAUCCUUACGCACCUGCAAUGCCUGACGUGGCUGUGCCUGGACGGGAUCGAGCUCACAGAGACGCAGGCUACCAGCGUAGGUAAAUGCGUGCGCGACCGUUAUCCUGGUACCAGCUUGGAGAUCAGCGCCAAGGACGUACACGUGAGGUCGGUGAAAGCCCUGGUGACCGCGGCCGAGGAGGGCGGCCGGACCGAGGUAGUGUACACCGGCGGCUCCAACUGCCGCUUGAAGAUCACAAAGGUGCAGAAGAGCGGUCGGGGCAAGAAGAAAUGAAAGGCCCGUGAACGGCAUUCCGGAGGAAUUAUCCUGGCAUAGUUCUUGCCAAGAGGCGAGGAAGAAUCGAUCGAUCGGAGGAUCAGGAAAGAGAGAGAGAGAAAGAGAGAAAGAGAUUGAUCUCUUCAUGGAGGAUUCACACCACCACAUAAUGUGUGCAAAUGGAGGGAUUCAGAGAGCGAGAGAGCAGACACGAGAAAAGCAACGAGCAAGUGAACGCUGAGGAUCGAAUGAUCCUGUAAAUCGAGGGAGAGGAUAUAUGGGCAGCCCUCGAGCGAAAUCUUUGAAAAUCGGAACGAAGUUAUACACGGAGAGAAUAUUAUAGCUUAUAUAUAGAUUUUUCAUAUAUAGAUUCUUUCCAAUUUUAUCAUAUUUCCUAGUGGUGCAAAAAUAGACUGUCAAUAGAGAUUAUUUUGCACAGUGAAUAGAUUAGAUGUUGAUGAUGGGCCAUUCAAAAAAAUGUGCAAAACUAUAACAUAAUUCACGUACUUUUCAAAAACUAAAAGAUUCACAUAAAGUUUCCGAUAUACAAACUAAACGUUGAAUUAAAUUUAGUAAAUUUUUUUAAUAGCAGACUUCGGUUUCUAAAAUAUAAAUAGCACGUAUGAGACGAAAGAAUGACAAAUCAAAGCAUAAUGUCGCGAUGUGUUUCUCGGUUGUAAAUUAUAUAAUAAUUUUCACUAUAAAAUUCUCUCCAUCUAGACAGCACGGCACGGUGAUGUAGCGUAAAUUGUGCUAAAGGGUUUGUAAGUCGAAGUCAUAUAUUGGAGCGAGCAUCAACGUCGAUUAUCGGCAGCGGCGAUGAGAAAAACAAAGAAGAGGGGAACUUGAGCGAAGAGGAGAAAAAGGAGGAAAGAAACGUGGAGUGUUAACUUUGUGGAUUUUCGUCUUACUGUGAUUUCGUUUCCUGCGCAUCGGCGCACUCAUUUACGAUUUAAGCUCUGUAGAUUAUAGCGAUUGUUAGCUCUCGAGAAAACGAGUCGCUUUCAGGUCAAACGACGUGGAGGUGCGACGCACUUUCGCUCAUCCGACGCCUACGGAGAUUGCAACGCCGACGACAUUGAAACGAGCGUUCGGCUAAUUAGGGUCUUCCGGCGAAUGAUAGUCUUCGACAUUCUAAUAAGUGGAAUUAUUCUACUUCUUUCUUUGAACGAACCACAAACCGAAAAAUAUUCUUAGAAAAUUCUUUUACUGUUCCAAGAGUCAUUUUGUCGUUUCAAUUUUGCUGCAGAACUCGUUAAUUUCUUCAUAACAUUUAUUAUUAUAUUACACGAAUGAAAACGAACGGAGAAGUAUCCACAUGAAAGUAGGAAACAUAUCGCGUGAGUAACUUUGCUUUUUGACGAACACGAGAUAUUUAUUCUUAAAUGUUUAUCAUUAUUAGAAUGAAUAUUGAUAACCCGGCUACUCAACAUGUAAAAUUACAAUACAUUCGCCUACUUCGUAUCUUGUCACGUACUUUCGUGUUAUGUAAGUAAGUUCUUUAAUUUCUCGAGCGCAAGAACGCAAGGUUUGAUAUAAAUUUUCGUGUGUGCAAAAUAUUUGUCAACAAAUAUCAUUAUUUUUAUCAUCUUUAUAAUUCACUAUUAUAUUUACAAUCAGAUGUCGUCAUUAAUAUUACAAUAUCCAAGGAGUCGAUCCCAAUCUCGUCGGAUGAACGAAGAUUGUAGCGAGGCAUCCGGUGCCGCGGAGGAGUCUUCAUAAAAUUAUUCAGAUGGCGAAGAAAAGGAAAGAAAGAAAAAGAAAUAAAAGAAAACAUGUAGAGAGAAAAGAGAGAGAAUGAAAAUACUUAUUAAGCGAUUGAAACGAGGAUAUUUAACGGAAGGGAGGGAAAAAGAGGCUGUUGCGAUUACAUAAGUAACGUUCGUUGUUGUUAGAUGGAGUGUAAGAUACGAUUCAGAGUAAUAUAUUAUUAGCGAUAGAUCAUGAUCACACUAUUAUUAAAUGUUACAACUGACCGCGAUCGACGAAAUGCGGACCGAAAUGGUGGCUUUACCGGGUGGCGCGUUGUUGGGGACUUGGAGAAAUUUUAUAGAAUAAAUUUUAAAUGGUUUAGACACACCACACACACAUAUAUACACAUAUACACACGCACACAUACAUAUAUACACAUAUAAAUGCUAUAUAUGCGCGUACGUGCGUAUAUUAUGUUUCGCGGCAGUGACGUGAAAGAAAGAAAGUCGAAAAAUACUCGAAUAAUUCUACAAUAAAGAGUAUGUGAGGCAGCGACGGCUACUAUUGUUGUAUAAAGUAAUUAUGUAAUUAUAAGACAACUGCCAAAAUCGUAGUACUACUCGAAGACUCUCGGUCUUCGUGCCGCGCCUUCAGCGCUAAGCUCGAUCGUUAGAUUCUGCGUGUCCUUCGUCUAAUAAUGAUAAGAAAAGAGAAAGGAAAAAGAAUAGGAUCGUCCGCGAUAACCGAUUAUUGUGCGAACUAAUUGAGUUUCACAGUCGCAUUUGGCGUCAAAUGCACCCUGCGUGCGCUGCGGCAUACCUCGAUAUCCUUUAUCGAUGUUAACACGCGGCCUCCUUCGUCUCUUUUGAGAUCGACCGAACGUCUUGGGAAUUCCCGCGAUCGACUCGCGACGAACCCGAUCCGAACUGCAUUUUACACCAACCGAGAACAACGUGAUGCGGCGUGAUCUCGAUCGAUUGAUCGUGAUCAAUAGCACCAAUGAUAACUGCCAUUCAACUGGAACCAUCAAUGAAAAUAAUAAAAAAAGGAAGAAGAGCGAUUAGCGAAACGCGGCGAAUUUUUGUUGGUUCUUGAGUUACGCCAUAUAUGCCAAGUGACCGGUCAAAGAUCUGAGAUCAUUUGUAACAAACGUAAAGUAUCGUAAGAAAAUAGACAAAAUAAAAUAAGAACUACAUGAGAAAGGGAAGGAAUGGAAAAGGAAAAAAGUAUUCAUUAAUCCUUAUUAGAAAUCUCACCAGUCCUUAUUAGAAAUCGAAAUAUUCCUAAAAUAUUUAUUUACGGUUCUUAAAGUCGUUUUAGCGUCAAAAUCGUUGCGAAACUCGUCGUUAAUUUUAUCAUGAUAUUUUAUUACACGAAGUUCCGAAAAUGUAUCGAUUUCAAAGUCACAUUAAAACAGACAAAGGAAGAUCUCCAUAUCCCCACGAUUUCAAAUUUCCACAAUUCAGUAUGGCUAAACAAGAAGUUAUCCUAUUUUACAUCCCUCGAUACGAUACGCCUGCGAAUGUAACAUAUCGAAACAUAAAAAAGAAAAAUGUGCAGUUACGUUUAACCGUGAUAGGUGUCACAUUUCAAACGGUAUAUUCGACGUACUAUACUGUCGCAGAUGUCAAUUUUUCACCGUCAAUUUGUAAUACUCCAUUUAUUUAACACCCGUCGGAAAAUUCGUCACUGGUCAAGCUAGAUAUGAUUGAUCGAGAGCUGUCUUAAUACGCGAGAAACUACUCAGUAAACAAAAAACAUUAGAUUAACAUUAAGGUAUUCAUUUUAUGUGUAUUUUGAACAUUUCCACUUAAUGUUUUACAAAAAUUUCAAAAAUAUUACAGAAAUAUAUUAUCUUCUAUGAUAAAUAUAUCAUUUCCUCAAAAAUAUAUUAUAAAUAUUAUAAAUAUUGAGUUGCAAAUAUUGGCUCGUUAAAAACUACAUGUUAGGAAAUGUUUCAGACUAUUGAGUAACAUUGCAAUAACAAACUCUGGUUUUUUGCUCACUGGGCGCUUAUACAUGCAGGAAGAAGUAACGGAAAAGAGUGCGGAUUUUCCGACUAAGAAAUGUUCAACAAACUUGCAGAUUAUCGCUUCGGCCUAUCUUUUUAUACUUCGUGCACACUUGUAUGAUCUCAGACUUUCGACUGGUGCUUUUAUUAUCCGAAACAACGCUCAUCGGAGACAAUUCUCCGCUGUGUACUCGUUUCGCGAUGCUCUCCCAGGCAACGGCCCGCGACACUUCAUCGUCCAAUUAGAUACGUAAGUGCUCGCGCUCGAGCGUGUGUGUACGACGAAUUUUCUCAUUUUUGAUAGUUUACUAUGUACAUAAGAAGUUUCGAUUAUACCGCGCGCGCAACGAGAGAUGAAGACGAAAGGAGAACGGCGCGCGGUCUGUUACAUUUGUGAGCUCACUUUAUGAGAGAACCGACACUCGGCAAGACUGAAGCUGAUGUUAUAUACACACACACAACACAUGGAGAGAUUACAUACACGUAUAUACACCAUACACGUAUAUACACGUAAAUUUACACAUUGAUUGCGUGACGAAGCGACAAGUGCGGUGAUCCGCGAGACAUGCAGCCGUGAGAAACCCACGUGUGGAAUCAACUUGAGUAAUUUUAUUAUAAAUAUUUAUGUAUUUAUAUGUGUACACAUAUCCUCUAAAUAAAUGUAAUAUGUGUUUGAAGCUUCA